AUGGCGAUACCCGAGAGUCUGCUCACCGACAGACAGGCCAUCACCUGGCAGAGUCAGGACGGAGCGUCUGGGGGCGGCAGCGGUGGGACUUCGAUGACAGCGCUCGCCGUGCCACAGGCGGUGCAGGACCAGGUGCGACUGCUGGUGUCCGACCGCUGGGUAAGGUCGGCGAGCAUGCUGGCCCUGGACGGGGUAAACGAGAAAUCGCUCCAGAGGUGCACCGAGGCCGAGCGCCUCGAGAACAAGGAGGUCCUCGAGUCUAACGCCGCGAACCUGGCCGUGGCUAGUGUCCAAAGUCAUAGGGCAGAGGCCAACCGAGGGUUCGUCUCCAAGUGGGCCGAGAAACUCCUCAAGACUAGCAAGAAGUGGUUCAGCGCCCCCGAUCAGCAGCAACAACCGUCUUCUUCCGCCAUGAGCAACGCCGCCGCCGCCGCCGCGGCUGCUCCCACCCUCCCUCCUGACGGCUCCAGCAGCGGUCUCAUCAACGCCAGCGCUGCCUCUCGGGCAGCGGCAAUGGGGCAGGAGCGCCAGCAGUUGAAGAGCGGCAGCCCCGCGGGAGGAGGUGGAGGAGGCGGGGGGGCAGCAGAAUCGGGGGGCACCGUGAGCGGCGGCGGUGGUGGAGGAGGGCGGGGAGGCAUUAUUGACCCCGUUGACAGGCCUCACGCUUACGAUGCGGAUAGCGUUCUGGCGCUGUCGGAGCUUCUGGGGGUGCUCCUUCGACGAUGGGGGACGGGCGCGAACUCUUCGAACCAAGUCAUGCAGGCGCGUUGUUGGGUGCAGGUGAUCACCCCCCCUC